UACCAUUUUUCAACCAACAAAAGCAAAUUCAAUCUCUUUCUCCAUGGAGAUUUUCCUUGAGUUAUUGUUCACUGUUUCUUUUUCUUUUAUUAUUUCCUUCAUUCUCGCCAAGCUUCUUUCUUUUUCGUCUGCCAUCGAUCAGCAUCUCGAAAUUUUGUCGAGAUCGUAUGUCGAAGUCACAGCUGAAUCAGAAAAACAUGUUUUUGAAUGUGAGAACGGAAUUGGGUUUGAUUCAGAAGCUGUAAAAGUUUAUGCUUUUGGUGAAUCUAUGGAAGAAAUUGAUACACGGGAAGAGUCUUUGAAUGGUAGUGAAGGAACAAGAGAAGUAAAAGAAGGAACUACCGAAGGAGAAGAGAAUUUUGUCAGUGAAACCACUGAGAUUGGAUUAGCUAACGAGGAUGAAGAAGAGAUUGAGGUUUGGGAUUGUGAGAAGGAGAAUGGAAAAGGUUACUUAAUGGAGGGGUUAUCUGAUGAUGAUUGGGAGGGAAUUGAAAGAACUGAAUUGGAGAAAAAAUUUGGUAAAGCUGUGUGUUUUUUGGAGUGUAAAAGUAAUGCUAAUAAAGAUUUCAAACUUGGCGAUGAUUUGAAAAAGUGGUUGUAUGGACUUCACAAGAUUGCCACUGAAGGGCCUUGCUAUGAGCCUCAGCCAAUGACAUUGGAAUUCUCUGCUCGUGCAAAGUGGAAUGCCUGGAAAAGACUUGGGAACAUGAGUCCAGAAGCAGCCAUGGAGCUGUAUAUCACCCUUGUUUCAAGUAGCAUCCCUGGGUUCGUUCAAGAAGAUAUUCAUGGGGAUGAUAAACAGGAUUGCGCAGAUGCCAAAACCUCCAGUGAGCAGCCUUCGGAUGUCAAAUCAAUGGCAGAUAACCAACCUACACAUGUGGAUUACAGGACUUCUAAAGAGUUGACGGCUGAUGUUCAAAACUCGGACAGGAUAAAGUCUUCUUCCUACACUCCAUGAAUAAGGCAAGCAAUAGGAUUGUUCUUUUCCUUUGCCGGUUUGUUCUUCAUCAACCAGCUUGGAUCAUCUCAGUCAUAGCUACAAGCAACCAUGGAUAAGGAGGAGCUUCUGCUUAGUUAUACAUGCAUGCACACAUAUAUAUAUACAUACAUACAUGUUACAUUGAUAG